AUGUCGCUCUUCGAUUAUGAGCUGCUGAAGCCGCUGAAGCCAUUCCAAUAUUCCCCUCUCUCUCCAUCAAAGCGAGUAUUUCGCUUAGUUCAGCUCCUCCCUCCAAAACCAGCAAUUAUACCAGGAACUCAUGGCACCAUCCGCAUCAGGCUAGUUGAAGCCGAUAUCGACUCUGGCAUCCAUUAUGAUGCCCUUUCCUACGCAUGGAAUGUGGCAGCAGCACUAGAAAAGGCUCUGAUUCAUCUCACCCCCCUCAAUAUUACUGAAUAUCUUUUUAUCGAUCAAAUCAGCAUCAAUCAGGAGGACCGCGAUGAGAAAAGUCAUCAAGAGAUAUCUCAAGAAGGAGUAUUGAGCGGACUCAUGGGGCCUCGGCUCGGUCACUUUAUGCACGUCUUUGACGCCGUAAUGGAUCCCACCUUAUCGGUUAACGAAGAAGAACGUGAAGAUCGAGAUGAUGUUUUAGAUCUGAUUCAUCGAUAUGGCGACCGUUUCCCAUUGGAUGGCUUUGGCGAUGUACUUGAUCGAAGUUGGUUCAAUCGUUUGUGGGUCAUUCAGGAAGCCUGUCUUGCACCCUCUGUCGUUUUUGUGUGCGGCGAUAAAUCACUAUGCUUUGACUGCUUCAGAGGAGGAGCGCUUUUCUACAACAUAUACAACACCCAUUGGGUAGGGCAAAUCACAGGAACGAUAUCUCAGCGCGUGCUCCGUCAGCGGGAUGCCCUUUUUGGCAAAACAAUUGGGCUCAGACGGAUUUUCCAAGAGCGAAAGGCUAUCCAUGACACGAGAAAGAUUGGAGCAACGCUGGAACAAGACCGUAUUUUCGGCUUACUGGGACUAGCGGCGGACGAUGAUAAUUUAAGAAGCCGACAACCAAAGAAAACACCAGGCUUGCCCUCAUGGGUACCAGAUUGGGCUAUGAAUCUUGCUAUACCAGUAGGAUAUAUAGCCUUGAAACAGCCUACGUUUACGGCUGGGGGUGCAAAAGCAGAACCUCCUGUUCUCGUGAAGAACGAGCAUCCGCAGCUUCAUCUUCGUGGAAUUUUAGUUGACAAAGUUCUAGACGUGGGAACACGAUUACACGGUGCACAGUCUGAUCCACAAGUGGCAGAGCAGAUUGACUACCGCUCAGCAAAAUUGUUUUUUGACGAGGUCUCUAAAUUUGCCGAAAUAGGCGCUGCUACAGUUCAAGGCAGAGAUCCUUCUGUCUCUGGCGCUGAAGUGGAACUUGGUUUACAGCUGCGCUUGUGUGACUCGAGCCGAUCUUACAGACAUUUCACACAGAGUCUCGGCAUAGCUCCUGGCAUCGAGAGACUUAAAGCUUUGCACAGCAGUAUAUAUUCCCUUGGAGAACGACUCAUUCGAUCGGACGAGACGGUUGCGUCCUAUCACAUCACACGCAUCUAUCGAACAAUAGGGAUUGUCCCUUGGUAUUGGGAACCCAUGUCUGAGAUGGAAAGUCUGCGAAUCUGUGCAUUGAAUCCAGUUUUGGCUGGAAAGAUUGCAUGUCAAGCUAUUCGUGAUUUCACAAUAGACAUGGUCGGUCUUCUCGUCGCUUCGUUUAGAGUUUGGUUUGCAUCCAAAGUCAUCAUAUAUCGUCGUCGCUUCGGCAAAAUGAACUUGCGACCUUCACGUGAGAGCGUUGAAAAGGUAGGACUUGACCCUGAUGUUAGUCUUAGCCCGGAUAUGAACACUUUUACGACCAAUAUGCUCAAGAAUAUGCGACGAAGAUUGUAUCAGACAACAGCGGGCUAUGUAGGUCUGGGGCCACCGGAUAUGAGGACGGGUGACUUUAUAGUCAUAUUCCAUGGCGGAACUACACCACAUGUAUUAAGGAAACUUGAAGGCGAAACGCAAGGCGACAAAUAUCAGUAUAUGGGCGAGGCAUAUUGCGAUGGACUGAUGGAUGGGGAAAUUUUUGAAGACAAGACUAAAGGUGACGGAGUUUUCGUGCUGGUGUGA